UGAAAAUGACAAGGUUGAGGCAGGCUAAAGAUGAGGCUGAGAGAGAAGUAACAAAUUAUCGUUCAUAUAUGGAUACAGAAUAUCAAAAUAAAAUUUCCGAGACAAGUGGGAGCUCUGGAUCAACUGCAAAACAGCUUGAAGCGGAAACAGACAAGAAGAUUAAAAAUUUGAAGGAGACGUCAUCAAGGGUAUCACCAGAAGUUGUUGGGAUGCUCAUCAAGUAUGUCACUACUGUCAAAACUUGAUGCAUCAUCCAUCGAGAAAACUCAGAAAAUUAGGAGAUAUGGAGAACAACGGGCAAUAAAGGCGUAGGUAUUGCAGACAAGAUGCAAGAAUAAGCAUUUGUUGUCUCUUAUUUAUUUCAUUUUCUUGAUUCAUUUGGUCAGUUCUAUACCUACUGCUCCUCAAAUUUCAUUUUUCCACUACAUUGUAUAAAAGCUAUUUUCAGUUUUGGAUAUUUCUCAUUCUCUUUUUCAAUAUUGGAUGUUAAAAUUAAAUAAAUCAAAUUGUGGCUUCGGUUGGGACUGGCAGCAACAGAAUGGUCAUGUUGGAGAAUCCAAUUGAUAAGGU